AUGGAUUUGUUAGUUCAUAUCAAAGUUAAUAUUGCACAUGAAUCAAGUAUCAUUAUACAAGGACCUAUGACAAUAGUGGAGACAGCGCGAACACAAAUCCUUAUUUAUCUUGAUCAAAUGUUGGGUUUAUGCAUAGACUCAGUGAAGCUCCCUAUUCUAGUUCAUAAUUUAUUAGGUGGUAAACGGCAUUAUCAGCUACAAUCAGUCAUGGAAGAAACAGCAACCAAUAUUUAUCUUGGAUCACCUUAUGUUAUUGGAAAUAUGGAUAUUCAUGAACAACAAGAAGCUGUCUAUAUAUCGGGUGAUAUAGCUGAAACCGAAAGAGCAACAUGCUUAGUCAAGAAGCUAUCAGAACAAAAGCUUAAUUCAUUGUAUCACAAAGAAGUAACAUUGGAUCCUCGCAAACUGGAUUGGAUACUACUUCAUCAGCAAGACAAAUUGAAAAAGCUCCUUUAUGACAAUGGUUCCUUCAUUCACUUUCCUCACAUUGGCGCAGGUAUUGGUACCAUUCAAAUCUAUGCGGAGAACAAAAUCAACGUUGAACGUACGCUGUGGUUAUUGAAUCAUAUGACAUACAAGAUAUGUAGAGCAACAAUCAAUGUCAAACAACGUCAAAGAUCUAUAAGAAAAAAUAUAUCAAGUUUUAUAUACAAGAUGGCCAAUAUCUCUGGGGCAGAAAUCAUGUACCAUGAAGAUCAAGAUAGACUGGAUAUUUAUGGCUCUGAACCAUCUCUACGUCUCAUUUAUCAAUACUUCAAGGAUUCUCCAUUUACGGACUAUCAUCUAUCGACCAGUAUAUCCAUUGAAUUGCAAGCUGAAAAUCGUAUAUUCAUCCAGGGAAAGAAAUAUGGAAAAAUCAACAAAAUCAUCAAAAGCAGUGGAACGAACAUCAAGUUUCUACCAUCAUACAACAAUUCCAAUUGUCUAGUGCAAGUACAAAGCAACGAUAUUGAUAAAGUCUUUCAUGGAUUGGAGCUACUUUCGCAAGAACUACCUGAAGAGCGUUCCUUCUAUGUCUCCGAAAUUUAUCAUCGAAGAAUCAUUGGUGUUGGUGGCAAAAAUAUUCAGAGAAUUAUGAAGAAAUAUGGUGUCUACGUUAAGUUUUCAAGUACAGAAGAAUUCAUUGACCAUGGUGGAUAUUUUGAAAAUGAACAUAAUGUCUUUGCAAGAACUCCAAGGAAAUACUCUGGUAACUUGAAUCAACUUUAUGAUGAAAUCAUGGAACUUAUCACCUCCGAAAACGAUCAGAACUGGGUUUCAUACACUAUAAUGAUACCAUUCUAUUUACAUCGAGUGAUUCCAAAUCAAUACAGUGAUUCUUUACGUGAUUAUGGUCGUCUCCACAAUACAAGACUAUGGUGGCCUCCUAGGUCUGGUAUCGCUGAUGUUACUGUUAUUGGACCCAUUGCACAUGUCCAUCGAAUUCAAAUUGCCUUGUCGAAUUUAAUUCUCCAUCAUGACUAUCUUGCUAUACCAGCCUCCAUUACUCUGACAAAUCAUCUUGGUUCAGCAAUUACAAUGGGACAACUCAAACAAUCUAUCAAAUUGAAUUGGUGUGUGAACAUUAUAGAAUUAGAUCCUCAACUUUCAGAGAUAAAAUCAACAACACGUGUUAAGUGGGAAACUAUUCAACUAUUCAAGAACGCAACGAUAUUCCUGUUAACAACAACUAUCGAUUCUUCUGGACACCUUCCUUUCAGUAUCAAUGAUGAUCCUAAUUUCGCUUACGAUUGCAAGUACAGAUUGAAAAUGGCAAAAAAAGCUCUCUUGGACCAGCUUUCAACUCAUCCUCUCUUAGAAACAAGCAAAUCCACCCCUCCCUCCUCAUAUGUGAACAGAUCAGCCUUAGGUAAUCUCAGACUAAUACCAAAUAGUAAUUGA